CAAUUUUUGAUUUGUCAAGAUCUUCAUGAAUAGAUUUCACAAGCUAGAUAAGAUGACUUCCACCCGAUGCGCGGUAUGCAAGUAUUUUAGACGAAGAUGUCCUCCAGAUUGCAUUUUUGCACCAUAUUUUCCUAAUAAUGACCCACAAAAGUUCACUUGCGUUCAUAGAUUCUAUGGUGCUAGUAACAUUGGCAAAAUGCUCGAGGAAAUGCAUGUGCACCUACGGGCAGACGCAGUAGAUUCGUUGUACUACGAAGCCAAAUGUAGAAUACAAGAUCCUGUAUACGGUUGUGUUGGAAUAAUAUCAUCAUUGCAUCAACAAAUCCAAAUAGCACAAAGCCAACUAGCUAAAGCUCAAGCCGAACUUUCUUUUCUUGAUGCUAACUUAGCAGCAGCCGAACCUACACCGAACCAUUCUGAGCCAUUGGUUCAACCAAAUGGUGUCGUCGAUCAUGGCCUAGAUGACCCUUUAAACAAUUGGUUUUACUAGAUGUCAUUGAA